GACCUACUCAACCUGUGAUGCACCGCCUUGUAGGAGCCACAAACAGAUCAAACAAACAAAAACAAACGACAACAAACAACAACGUUAGGACGCGCCGCUCCUUCGUGACUCUUCGUAAGGAUUUCUUAUCUUUUUCGCUCGUUGAGCUUGCCAGCAGAGAAAUGUCAGAGCAGCCAGACCAGCCGGAUAUCCGCCCUGUACUGAAUUUGGAUGAAAGUACAUGGGAUGGAUGGCUCAACUCAUUCAUAUUGUGGGUUGCACAAAACCCAUGGCAGUUUUUGUCUAAUGUCUUGCUAUGUCUUUCACCAUUCUUCCUUAUUUCUCUCUUCUUGUCAUGGAAGUUGACUAAGGCAAUAGAGGAUGAAAAGAAAGAGAAAAAACUGAAAGCGAAGCGAACAGCUCAGAUGAGCAAGGCUCGGUCUCUCAGACAAAGCAAAAAACCUGUUCAGAAAGAAUCUUGAUUCCACUUAAAUAAGCCAUGUUAAUUUAGUUAAACUUCCAUUUCUUCAUUAAUUUUUAAGACUGCAUGAUAGGGUGGGCCCAAGUGCUUCUGUACUUUUUAUACCUUCUAAUGAUUUGUCAACGCUUUCUCCCACAUUUUGUAGGAUCAUUUUUUAUAGCCUCAUGUGCAUGAUAAGUUUUUAAGGUGCCCAUUAACAGUUUUGUAUUCAUGAUUGUAAUUUGAAGAUUUUGCUGUUGAACUCUGAAAUAUUUGGUAAAAAUGGAAUAAAAGCCAAUGAAUUUUCACUA